AUGUCCGAGGAAAAGUCACCGGUGCCGGUAGAAGGUCUAAAACCUAAUGAAACAUGGAGGAUCAUGAAGAAUGUGGUAGUCAUCAGCCUGGCGUUCAUGGUGCACUUCACAGCAUACAGUGGUGCAGCUAACCUUCAAAGCUCCAUAAACGCGGAGGCGGGUCUGGGCACCGCGUCACUAGCUGCGGUCUACGCUGGCCUCAUUUUCUCAAAUAUCUUCCUUCCUGUUGUAGUCAUAAAAUGGCUGGGCACAAAAUGGGCGAUUUCCCUAUCGUUUAUCACAUACAUGCCAUACAUAGCUGCCCAGCUGUACCCUACCUUCUACACCAUGAUCCCUGCAGGGCUGAUCGUGGGUCUUGGAGGCGGGCCGCUCUGGUGCGCCAAAUGUACUUACUUGUCUGUGGUAUCUGAAGCCCACAAUACGUUAUCCAACAUAUCAGCCGAGGCCCUGCUGGUUCGGUUCCUUGGCUUGUUCUUCAUGAUUUUCCAAAUGAACCAAGUUUGGGGCAAUCUCAUCUCUUCACUUGUGUUAUCAUCCGGGAACAACACGGCCGCAGUGACAGCAGUGAAUGAGUCGAUGAUUCCCGUACUUUGUGGAGCCAACUUCUUGCCUAGUGCUGAUGCUGGAGAGGCUCUGCCCACACAGCCACCUGAGAAGAUUCAGAUGAUUUCAGGAAUAUACCUCGCAUGUAUGGCCGGGGCAGCACUUAUUGUAGCUGUAGGCGUUGACUCCAUGAAGAGGUACGACUCCGGUCGCUCAGGGUCUGGUGGUGGACUGUCGGGCAUGGCUCUCCUGGCCGUGACCUUGAAGCUGAUGGCGGAACCAACGCAGUUACUACUCGUCAUCAUCAAUAUCUUCAUUGGACUGCAACAGGCUUUCUUUGGAGCUGAUUUUACCGCUGCGUUCGUGUCGUGUGCUGUCGGCACCGGCUCAGUUGGGUUCGUUAUGAUGACUUACGGGUUAUCAGAUGCUAUUGGAUGUGUGGUAACAGGAUAUGUGGCUAAGUUAACGGGUCGUCUGCCCCUGCUCUGCGGCGCGACAAUAGUCCACGCAUCGUUGUUCACGGCGGUGCUGACGUGGCGGCCUCAUGCUGGGGAGGAGUACGUGCUGUACAUCAUCGCCGUGCUCUGGGGGGUCUGUGACUCCAUUUGGAUCGUACAGAUUAAUGCAUACUACGGCCUCCUGUUCCCAGGUAGAGAAGAGGCAGCCUUCUCCAACUUCAGACUGUGGGAAUCCGUAGGCUACAUCAUAGCCUAUGUCAUAUCCCCAUAUCUGAGGACUAGUGCCAAAACGUACCUCAUGUUCGGCAUGAUGAUUGUCGGUGUAGCUUGCUACUUCAUCGUGGAGUACCAACAGCAUAUAAAGAAAAGAAAACUGGAGAACAAGAAGAAGGAUUUGUGUUAUAUUACUAAUACUACCUCUAAAGGCUGUGAUAAUAUAGCUUUUCAAACGAUAGAAUAA